AUGACCACACGAUCUAUAUCAGCAGAGACACAAGAUCCACCCACCACAUCCACAUGGAGCUGCGCCUCCUGCGAUGCAACUUUCCACCGAAUUGACCACUACAAGCGCCACAUCACUUCCCAUAGCGCGGAAAAGCCGUACCAAUGCGCCUUCUGUGCCUCUCGCUACAAACGAGGGGACGUCCUUCGUCGACACUGGAAAUCCUGUCCUGCGCGCCACCAAGCUGGGCAUGCGAUCCCAGAGCCCCGAACAGGCGGCAAAGAACGGCAUGCAUGCGAUGCUUGCGCACAACUGAAGAAAUCAUGUGAUGGAAGUAAGCCGUGCUCGGAGUGUGGGAUCAAGGGGAGAGAGUGCACAUAUCGGCGAGUUGAUGAAGGUAAUGAAGGGACGGUUGUGCAGAGCGAACGACUUCCAGAAACGCAGCUGGGCUCUGAGUCCGGAGAGGAUCCCGCCGCCCUGCCGUGGAGUUUAGGACCGGGGAGCUUUUACUCGCUACAUGCUGCGAAAGAAAGUACCUAUAGGUACCUGAAGGGUACUUAA